UAGGAAGCAGGCCCCAGCUGAGCUUACACGAAGACGGAACUGUGAGUGAGUGCAGCACUGCAUGCAAUGCUGCCAUUAAUGAUUCUGGGGGCUGGAACGGUAGACUUCUGGGCGUUUAGGUACCUGCGAAAGAUGGGCGCAUGCAAAGGUCACGGAUACAAAGGUCACGGAUACAACAGCGGCGAGAUCUUGGCAAGUCAGCUUUCAAUCAGCUCACCACUUUCUGUUCUCCUUGAACAGCUUCUCGUUCUCUCCACGACAGCAGAGAAUGCACGAAAGACCUGCUGGACUGGCAGCCACAUUGCACAUUGCAUGGGAUAAGGGCGCAAAGUAAGGUGUUCACUCGUAGCUGGUGGUUCUCAAAGGGUACAGUACAUGCAAAUGCGUUGUUGUGCAUAACCAAAAUAGGUUAUCUGACCGUAAGAACUUAGACGCCUGAUAGAGUCGGUUUGCUUCAAAAGGUGUCAUGCUUGGGUCUCAUGUUCAGUGGCAUACAGGCCCAGCUGCCAUGUCGUAUACCAGUUGCGAUACCCUGAGCUUCUGUCUUGUAAGGCUUGAUCUUACGUGACCUCGACAUUCCCUGCCUGGGAUAAGGUUGUAACUUACUGCGCUGUUCUGAAAGCUGCCAGCUCGAGUAUCUUUGAUGGUAAAACUGUCUUGAGCUCCAUGUAACGAGUCACCCGCUCAUCGCUUGAGACCAGCAGCUGAGGUCGACUGCAGAUUGCACUCCGGACGAAGCAGAGUAUCAGCAAGGUUUUACUUAUUGAACCACCGCUGUUGCAGCCAUGGCUGCGGGAGGGUGCGUAAAAGUCACAACCCAGUGGUUGACCAGUGGUUCUAUUGUAGACAGCCCACACAUGACGCCACUGAAGGUGUCGACCAGCUCUGCUAAAAACAGCCCACGACUUUCUCUUGGUGCCCUGGGAUGUAGAAUUGGGCUUGAGAGUAGUGAUACUCUCAAUAACAUUGGCAAACAGAAUGCAGACAGGACAGAAAAUGACGCCAUUGUUGACAUUGGCAAUGACGACCUGCCCUCGUUUCGGUGGCCUCUGAAAGUCGAACCGCACCGCUUUUGUUCCUCUUGGGGGGAGAGGAUUCCAGUCGUAGACUUGGAAGGAUUGUGGUCCCAGGACCCUUGUCAAAGGGCGAAAGUGGUGCGCGAUAUUGGGGCAGCUUGCAGGCGGUGGGGGUUUUUGCAGGUUUGCAAUCACGCCGUUUCCCCGUCCACCUUUCACCAGCUUCAAACACAGGAGCAAGCUUUUUUCGCCCUCCCAAAAGCCGUCAAAAAGCGUUACACUCGCACGUUCGACAACAUUUACGGUUACCAUGACCGGGAGGUUAACGGCCUGGAGAGCAUAAGCAACUGGGCGGAGUACUUUGACGUCGGGCCGAAACCAUGGGUUAAGAGGGUUGGUUACCAGGACAACCUGGGAGGGGUUGCGAAGUGGCCCUGCGAGUUGGAGGGAUUCAGGGUUACUUUAGAAGCGUACUUCCGACACAUGGAGCGCCUUUCAGUUGCUCUUCUGACCGCGAUCCUCGAGAGUCUGCCAACAAAUGAAAGCCCCUCCGUCCUGGCGUCUAAGAUUUGCGCAAACCACAACAGUCUGUUGCGGGUGGUCAAGUAUCCCCGGUGCCCCGAUCCGGAUCACAUCCUCGGAUACAACUCGCAUACCGACUCGGGUCUCCUCAGCAUCAUUCAGCAGAACGGCGUGGAGGGAUUGCAGGUCAUGAUGGAUGACGAGUGGGUGACGAUCGAACCGAAAGAGGGCCACUUCGUCGUCAACGUGGGGGAUAUGUUGCAGGUUCUCACAAACGGGAUUUAUAAUACCACCGGGUUUUCGCCAAUCGCGCCUCUCCAAGGUCUUCUUUCCGCAUCGAGUUCGGCUCGGUACAGACCGGUUCCUUGGAGCGAGUUCAGGGGACGGCGCAUCCGGAGUGAAUUUGGGGACAAGAGCUCCAUUGUGGCCAUCAGCGAGUAUGAGGUUUUGACAAAACAGCGAGACGGAGCCUAA